AUGGUCCUCUGGGUCGAUGCAAUUUGCAUAAAUCAGGAAGAUACCAAAGAGAAAGUACAGCAGAUUCUACUUUUACCACGGAUAUUCCAAGGAGCAACAUCGACUUUGGCCGUCCUGGCUACAGACGAUAGGAGCAAUCGAGCUGUGGGAAUCUUGCUGCAGAUAGCAGCGCUCAAGCUGUACGGCUUCGACUUCUCCCGUUGGCCUAGAACUCUUAUCGGCCCUCGUGCCGCGUGGGUGAAGAGCGGAAUGCCAGACCCCGACUCUGAGCUUUGGCGAGAUGUGUGUUACAUGUUCCGACGCCCGUGGUUCAGGAGGGCAUGGAUUGUUCAAGAAUCGAUCGCAGCGCGCACAGUCCAGUUCAUUUGCGGAAAAUGGAUCUUUGAUUGGAACGACCUUCAUUGUGCAAUGGAGAUUGUGGAUCGCAAACUUGGCAUGUAUGCGUUCGCAGAGUCGUGGCGACCUUUCAUGAUCCUGUCGGAGCACCGGGAAUGGGAGGCCACAUCACAACGCUGGCCACUUCUCCAUCUUAUCCAGAACUUUAGGUACGUCCAAACGGGGAAGUACCAAAGAGAUCGAUUUUUUGCGCUGCUGGGUUUGGCCGCAGACGGGGACAACCCACUCUUCGAGCCCGACUACGACAGCCCUUUGGAGGUGGUUGUCCGCCGCUUCGCGCAAGGGUUUGUGGAGGCUGGCUACGGUAUGGAGCUUCUAUACGACGCCGGAUUAGACGAACAGAAAGGAGACAGUCGAUUUCCUUCCUGGGUGCCAGACUGGACUAUAGAGACCUCGGAUCGGGGUGCUCUUAGUUCGGCAGAGGGCCACGGCGUGACUUUCUCAGCAUCGGGGCGACUGUUAAGCCGCAUUUUCUACGACCAUCAAAGAGAUUUGUUAGAAGUGAGCUCAUUCUUGUGCGAUACGAUUGACUGCGUCAGUCGAUUCUCCAAUGAACCAUCGCAAAGAAGUCGAUAUUUCCAGGAGCUGGACUCGAUGAUCGAGGCAUGCAACCACUUUGAACCAGACCGCCAACGGCGGUUGAAAGAGACUGUUCCAAUAGCGGGAGCAUUAUACCCGGAGUCCGGAUCGUCGUUACCAAUAAGCAUCACCGAGUCUUACUCAGCAUUUCGAAAAGUGCUUAGAAAGGACGAGCUGAAAGCCAAGAGUAUGCGAGGGAAUGGCAAGAAGGCAAGAAACCAAACGCCGUCUGCUAGUAUCAACUCCGCACAGCGCCCUGCGGUCAUCGGCAUCCGCGAGAAAAGUAAAGCUUACGCAUCAUUACUCGACGAGUACAUAGUGGGCUGGAGGUUCGUUACAACAGUAAACGGCCGGUGUGGAAUCGCGCCGAGUGGCGUCCUGCCUGGAGAUAUGGUGGCAAUUUUCAGCGGAGGCAAGGUGCCCUUCAUUCUGAGGAAAGGUUUCAGGCCGUGGGGUGGUAUCUUCUUGAUUGGACAGUGCUAUAUUGACGGCAUCAUGUUCGGAGAAGCUGUCAAGAAGUUUGAGGGUCAGCAAUAUCUCCCAAUGGUGGCCCGUCUUGCCUAA